AUGUUCAACUCAACAUCAAAAAAACAUUCAAAAAGUUCAAUAUUCAGCAACGGAAAAAAUAAUAAUAAUGAAAGCGAUGAAAAAAGUAGUAGCAGUUUAUUGAUACCAACACCCUAUUAUUAUAAUUUAAACAACAAUAUAAAAACAGAAUAUUCAGAAAUUAACUUUGAAACAAAAACAAAUGAAAAUUCUGAUAAAAUUACAACAAAAGAAAGAAAAAAUCAGAAUUAUUACAAUUACAACUUUUUUACAACUACAAGUAGUAACAACAACUAUGCUUCAAAUAUUACAAAUAAUUCAACAAGACUAAGUUGGAUUAGAAGUUCUAUAUUAAAUAAAAAAUAUCCUUCAAUGACAACUAAUACAAUUGGCCUAUCUUCUCGAUUAAAUUUAAAAAAACCAAAUAAAUUUAAUCAAAAAUCUCAAUCUUUGGAUAAUAAUAAUAAAAAUAUAAAUAAUGAUUAUAGAGAAAGUAGAAAAAGUAUUCGUUCAUUACAGGCAAAAUUUGCUUCUUCAUCUUCUGCUGAAAGAACUGAUGAUGGUGGUGGAAAUUCUGCAAUGAGAGGAGGGCUAAUAACAAAAUUGGAUAAAUACACGACUGAGGAAUUGAAAGAGUAUAGACAGAUAUUCAACAUGUUCGACGCAGACAGAAGCGGUGCUAUUGGUAUUGAAGAAUUGGAGAGUGCAAUUACAAAUUUAGGAAUGGAUUCAAAACAAAUUGAUGUAGAAAUGUUAAUGAGAGAAGCUGAUAAGCGUGGAAAUCAUCAAAUAGAUUUUGAUGAAUUUUGCGAAGUUAUGAAAACAACAAGUGAAAAAACACAAUCAUGGAAUGAAGUAAUAAAAGAAUGUUUCAAUGUUUUUGAUAGAAACGAGUCUGGACUAAUUUCUAAAAAAGACUUCGAUUUUGUACUGCGCGAACUUGGUGAUAUUCAAAAUAGCAGACUAAUAGAUGAAUUAUUUAUAGAAUAUGAUGUUGAUGGAGAUGGUUUUAUUGAUUUUGAUGAGUUUUCCUUUUUGGUGCGAAAUUAUCUUACUGAUGAAGAUGUUUAA